CAAAAAGCUCGUGCUUUUAUUUUGGUGGAUUUUCGCUUCCGGUUUGAUAGCUGCGGGGAGCGUCUAGUCGUGUUGCUCUUGCGGGAUUCAUCUUGAUCACCUGACAAACACAGAAAUGGCUGGCCGGCUAAUGCAAGCAGCGAGAUGCCCGACAGAUGAACUGUCUCUCACAAACUGUGCGGUUGCAAGUGAGAAGGACUUCAAAUCUGGGCAACAUUUGGUCAUUAAAACCACACCCACUCAGAAGUUUGUGUUCACGGUGAAAACCCACCCAAGCGUGGUGCCAGGAACCAUUGCCUUCAGUUUACCUCAGAGGAAAUGGGCUGGACUCUCUCUGAACCAGGAUGUGGAAGUGAGUGUCUACAACUUUGACCAUUCGAAACAGUACGUGGGAACCAUGACGCUAGAGAUCGACUUCCUCCAGAAGAAGAACGUUGACAGCAACCCGUACGACUCUGAUAAAAUGGCGAUUGAGUUUAUCCAGUUUUUUAACACACAGGCCUUUAGCAUGGGCCAGCAGUUCGUCUUCAGCUACUGUGAUAAGCUUUUUGCACUGCUCAUAAAAGAUAUUGAGGCCAUGGAUCCCAGCAUCCUUAGAGGCGAGCAAAGCUCCAGCAAAAAACAGAAGAUUGAGAUUGGUCUGUUGCAUGGCAACAGUCAGGUGAUUUUUGAGAAAUCGGAGAGCUCGUCUCUUAAUUUGAUUGGAAAAGCAAAGACCAGAGGUUCUCGGCAGUCCAUCAUCAACCCAGAGUGGAACUUUGAGCGCAUGGGCAUCGGAGGCCUGGACAAGGAAUUCUCAGACAUCUUCCGUCGGGCCUUCGCCUCACGAGUCUUUCCUCCAGACAUAGUGGAGCAGAUGGGCUGUAAACACGUGAAGGGGAUCUUGCUGUUUGGGCCGCCCGGCUGUGGUAAAACCCUGAUGGCGCGCCAGAUUGGUAAGAUGCUGAAUGCCAGAGAGCCAAAGGUGGUCAACGGGCCAGAGAUUCUGAACAAAUAUGUGGGCGAGUCAGAGGCGAACAUCAGAAAGCUGUUUGCUGAUGCCGAGGAGGAACAGAAGAGGUUGGGGGCCAACAGUGGACUGCACAUCGUCAUAUUUGAUGAAAUUGAUGCCAUCUGUAAACAACGUGGCAGCAUGGCGGGCAGCACUGGGGUCCACGACACUGUAGUCAACCAGCUACUGUCUAAAAUUGAUGGUGUAGAGCAGCUCAACAACAUCCUGGUCAUUGGAAUGACCAACAGGCCUGACCUGAUCGAUGAAGCCCUCUUGAGGCCGGGCAGACUGGAGGUCAAAAUGGAGAUCGGCUUGCCUGACGAGACGGGCCGUCUUCAGAUCCUGAAUAUCCACACUGCAAAAAUGAGGCAGUCAAACAUGCUAGGCAAAGAUGUUGACAUAAAGGAGCUUUCUGUUGAGACCAAGAACUACAGCGGAGCAGAGCUGGAAGGGCUUGUGCGAGCUGCCCAGUCGACUGCCAUGAACCGUCACAUCAAGGCCACUACUCAGGUGGAGGUGGACACAGAAAAGGCUCAGAUGCUGCAAAUCAGCAGGAGUGACUUCUUGGGCUCUCUGAAUAAUGACAUCAAGCCUGCUUUUGGCACUAAUCAGGAGGAUUACUCAAGUUACAUCAUGAACGGUAUUGUGAAAUGGAGCAAUGGUGUGUCUGACAUACUGCAAGAUGGAGAACUUUUGGUGCAACAGACCAAGAACAGUGAACGCACACCACUAGUAACUGUGCUUUUAGAAGGACCUCCUCACAGUGGUAAGACCGCACUGGCAGCCAAGAUCGCAGAGGACUCCCAGUUCCCCUUCAUCAAGAUCUGCUCUCCAGACAAAAUGAUCGGCUUUGCGGAGACCGCCAAAUGUCAGGCCAUCAAGAAGAUAUUCGAGGAUGCCUACAAGUCCCAACUGAGCUGUGUGAUGGUGGACGAUAUAGAAAGACUUCUGGAUUUUGUUCCCAUCGGGCCACGAUUCUCUAACCUGGUGUUGCAGGCUCUGCUGGUGUUAUUGAAGAAACCUCCUCCUCGGGGUCGUAAGUUGCUGAUUCUUGGCACAACUAGCCGGAAGGAUGUUCUGCAGGAGAUGGGCAUGUUGGACUCUUUCAGCACUACAAUUCACAUCCCUAACAUCUCUAGAGGAGAACAUCUCAUGGAGGCCCUGGAGCUUCUCGGGGGCUUCCAGGAAGAAGAGCGGGCAACUAUUGCAAAACAGGUGAAAGGACAAACGGUGUGGCUCGGCAUUAAGAAGCUGCAGAUGCUCAUUGAGAUGUCACUGCAGAUGCCUUUGGAAUACAGAGUUAACAAGUUCUUGGCACUACUGAGAGAAGAAGGAGCGCUGGGCUCUGAAAAAUAUGUGGCCAUAUAGCCUCGGGUGCAGAGGAGUAGCCUGACAAACCAAGGCUAUUUUGAAGCUGUUAAAGGAGUCAGGAAAACACUUGAGAGACUGAGAGAGAGAGCAGAAGUACCUUCAGCAUAUCUCUCUAUCCCUCACUUUCCUUAAGUAUAGUGUACGGCAUGUUUCCAUGGCAAAUGCAGACACACUAGCUCCUUGAUUCCUCACUACAAGUGCACAGGGUCUCAUAUUUGCACAGUGCCUUGGGUGUCUUAUGACAUAAGGAAUUUUGAAAUAGUACAUGUAUGUAUAUAAAGACCUAUAAGGUGUUUUUAUAUAUAUAUAUA